AUGACUGAGAGUAUCGACGUUGAGAUGACUGACGCAUUCAUCAUCGAUCAAAACCAGAUCAUUACGCUCAAUACGGUAGAGGCUGCGAUAUCCGAAAACGCAAGCGAAACUCAAACAAUAAGGGCCAAGACGGAAAUUGAAGCAGAAGUUGUAGUAGAAGUCCGACAUCCUUUCCCGCGCAUCUCAAGAACAGGAUCUGGCCUCCAAGGCUGUCGGGAAGACGUUCGCGGCUCUCAUGCUACUCGUGUGAACAACGAUCAUCCGCACUAUCCGCAUCGAAUGGUGCACCGCCUGAUGUUGCUCAACACUGGAUCAUUCCGAAUUGCGGUUGAAUCGAUUUCUCCACAAGUGGCAAACCAUGUCCCGUCACAACGAAACCACGACUUCACUACAGAUCGCACAACUCAUCAUUUUACCUGCUCGGCUUUGGAGUCCAUCUGCCCACUUCAGCCGUUAAUUUCUCGUCCUAGUCCGUCGCUACGUGCCGUUAACGAGAUCUUGGGUCCUGCAGUGUUUGGCAAAGAGAGCCAUUCGCCAAAGUCGACGAUGCUGAGAACCUCAAAAAGACGUUGA